AAAUGAGUAAUCAGCUGAAUUCUUUUGAUAAUUCUGAGCCCUCAAGCAUGUUCAAAGACAUCCAAGUAUUGAUUAUGCCAGCCCUCAUUGGGAAAAAGCGUUUGACACUUUUUGAGUCCCACAUUAAAAAAUUGGGUGGGAAAGUGUGUCAAAUAGGAGAUGUCAAAGGAGGUUUGUGUGAACCAUCUCAUAUUAUCGUGGAGGAUUCAUUCUUACUAGAUAAAACCAACCUGGAUAAACAAAUGAAGACUUUAGGAAGGGAGAGGGAAUUCCAGGUUAUUGUAGGAACUCGGUGGCUAAGUGAUUGCAUUAAAAUGAAAAUGUUAUUACCAUUUGAAGAUUAUCAAUUCCAUCCUCCAAAACUAUCCAAAGAUGGGUGCUUGCCAUCUAAGAGAGCUAAAUCCAGCAGUGAGUCAACCACUCAACAAACUUCUAAUAAACCUAUUCAGGAAGAUAAAUUUGCCUGUUCCCAAAGUUCGUCUUUGCCUACAAAAGUUGAAGGAGGGAAUGAACUCAUUAUUCAAGAACUACAGAAACUGGCUGAUGCUUUUCGCAUUAAAGGUGACACUUGGCGGUCACAUGGCUACACAAAAGCCAUAAGUGCCAUUAAGAGGUGUGGGAAAGUCCUUUCCUGCUAUGAAGAUGCUGUAGCACUGCCUGGUGUGGGGGAUAAAAUUGCUGCAAAGGUUUGGGAAAUUUUAGAAACAGGAUCGUUAAUGAAGGUGUCAGAAGUGUGCAACGAUAGCAAAACCAUUUCUCUACAAAUAUUUACAAAUAUCUGGGGAGUAGGACCAUCCACUGCUGAGAACUGGUACCAGGUGGGAUGUCGAACAUUAGAUGAUGUGAGAGACAAGGUGGCUCUGUCUAAGCAACAAGAGAUUGGCUUAAAGCAUUACGAAGACUUCUUACAGCGUAUUCCAAGGAGUGAAGUGGAGGAAGUUGGACUGAUUGUCUCUGAUGCGAUGAAAACCAUUGAACCCUCAGUAUCAGUCAUUCCUGUAGGUUCUUAUCGAAGAGGGAAAGAUACUUGUGGAGACAUUGAUAUUAUGAUUUGCCAGCCAGACCAUUAUGAUUCCAAAGCAGUACUCUCAAAACUGAUAAUAUCAUUAAAAAUCACUGGUUUAAUAACUGAUGAUUUAGUAAGCUUAGAAAAGGAAGGGAAUCAACGAAAAUAUUUAGGAGUAUGUUGUCUUCCUGGUGAGGGAAAAAAGCACAGACGCUUGGAUAUUUUUGUGGUCCCAAAGUCAGAAGAAGCAACAGCCUUGAUGCACUACACUGGCUCUGCCUUGUUUAAUCGAUCAGCCCGGCUUCUGGCUGCCAAGAAAGGAAUGAGCCUCUCAGAGCACAGCCUCCAUGGAGGUAUCGUUCGUGAGUCUUUUGCAGGGCCACAAGGUUUUGAAUAGUGGAUACAUUAUACCAACUCCGACUGAAGAUUCUAUUUUCAAAGCGUUGGAUCUACAAUAUCGACCACCAGAAGAAAGAGAUCAUUAAUUUUGAACAUCAAUAUUUCCCUAAAAUAAUUUUUUUAAAAAAAUUCUGUGUUGUUUCUCUUCUUGUAUUAUUUAAAUGAUAGUAAGGACAUUUAUUGUAAGAAAAUUUGCAAACAGAUUUAUUUUGCCUCCUUACCCUUUCACUCUUAAGCAAGCCCAUCUGUGCUUGUGGGUUUCCCCUUUCUUUCAAUUGCCGAACAUCAAUGACACUAAUACGACGAGAGACUACACUUUUCCGUUUGUAUGAGAAAGUCGGCUUCCCAAAUCCCAUUCCGUUUCAUUUAUCGUACAUGUUACUCUGUAUCGAGGCUGACAUCUGACAUCAAAACUUAAUUC